AUGGAUACGGACUCCUGUUCCCUUAGUCCCAAGUCCCUUCAAACCCCAGCCCAACUUCGCCUUCCUCUGCUGUGGGCUCUAACUGGGCUAUCAGAAGAAGACCCCCGCCAAGAACCGCAGCCUGCGAGGACCCUGCCCUUUCCCCCCAAAUCCGCGAGCCGGGUCCCCAGGGCAUUGCGCGCCCACGCAGGAGCCAGAGCCGGACCCGGACAGCUCGCGCCUCACUCACCUCAGCACCUGGGCGCUGGACUGGAGAGAGCCUCGGGUGCGGCGCCGGCACAGUCCGAGGGGCCCGGCGUAGUGGCGAAAGCUCCCUACUUGCAACCAAUCCUGGUGUUGAACCCAGUGCUCUGUCUGGUGCGGCUUUCCCCUCCUUCUUGGCGCUCGUGGUGGCUGGAAAAACCUGGCGCGCCGGAGUUCGGGCUGCUGGCUCCUCAGCCGCGGGGAGGGGGAAACGCGUGGGGAGGGGGAACGCACGGGCGGGGCGGUGGGGGCGGGAGAUGCGCGGGGAGGCCGGGAGUCCGCGCGCAGAGGAGCCGGGCAUGCUCAGUGCGCAGCCAAGGAGGCGAUGCUGGGCGCAGUACCUGCCUGGCCCUGCGAAGUGGCUCCCUUCACUCCCACUCCAAACCUGAGAGUAACCUUAGAGACUGGCAGCAAUGCCCCAGCCCCUCACCAGCACUGUUCAAAGUGACUUUGACAGGCAGAGGAGAGCCAACCCAGUCGAACUCAUCUGGAAUACAUUUCGAGCAACCCAGAGAGAAGCUUCGGUUUCUCCGGGAAAAAGCCUCAAGGGUUUUGCUGAACCCAGGUCUUCCUGCUCAUCUCUCAGUGGUUCAGAGAUACAUAAACAACUUCUGACCAUUUACACACUUAUGUAAACCUACCCUGACAUCUCCAUUAUGUGGAAAAGAUGUUAACUGGGAAACUAUUUUUAAACUACUGUAGUAAGCAAAUAAACAUGCAACUCCAACAUA